AUGAACAGGUCCGGUAUCCCGGACGCCUGGGACGACGAUUGGGAGGCCCAGGCAGACAGAGCCGCCGUGGAAGACGACGAGAACCACCAGCAGGGCGGCGUUUCCCUCCACGCGGCGCAGUCCUUGACCAAAGCCGAGCGCAUCACGCAGCAUGAAGAGGCGAAUCGGAAGAUGUGGGAGUCUGCGGAUGCAACUCCCCAGACAUUCCACUACCUCGAGGCCAGCAACACGGUUCCCUUGACAUCCGCGUUCAAACCACAAGUCAAAGUCCUCAGCCGCAAACCCGUGAUUGCCAAACGCGAUGCCACAACAGGCAUGUCCCGGCUCUCGAUGGACGAUGACGACAGUGAAAUGGAACGGCCGCAGCGUACCGCCGAGGAGAUACGGGCCAAGCAGAAGCGUGACCUGGAGGAGAAGCAGAGACGCUACGAUGAGGCGCGAGCCAAGAUCUUUGGGCAGUCGAAUCCUUCAAGCAGGGGCUCCUCUCCGGGCACAGUGACGCCACCCCGGGGGGAGAGUAGACAUUCCGGCAGGGGCCGUGGCAGAGGGGGAGGAGGGCAGCGGAACAACGGCGCCAACACCAAUGAUGGCGGGAGACAGCCGGACAUGAGGAGGGCGAAUAACCAAGCCUCAUCCGGGAGGGAGCUAUACGAUCCCAAGUUCUCGCCAAAGCCGGACCUCACGGCUCAGCGGCGUGCAGGAGGGGACAUCGACUGCGGACCGGGCAGAGCCACGACGUUGAGAGACGAGCACCACCUACUUCAAGCACAGCAGCCACAGCAAGCUAUUCGAAUGCCGAGAGGACCGGAUGGAACCGGCCGGGGCGGAUUUGGAUUUGCACGCCGCGGUGGGAAAGAGAGCUGA